UCAUGCAUGCUCUGAAGAUGACCUACCAUGUCCAGUGUUUCAUGUGUGCUGCCUGUAAGAGCCCCAUCAGAAACCAGGCCUUCUAUAUGGAGGAGGGAGAACCUUACUGUGAGAGAGAUUAUGAGAAGAUGUUUGGUACUAAGUGUCAUGGCUGUGACUUUAAGAUCGAUGCUGGGGACCGCUUCCUAGAGGCCUUGGGAUACAGCUGGCACGACACCUGCUUCGUCUGUGCUUUCUGCCAGAUCAACCUCGAAGGAAAGACCUUAUACUCUAAGAAGGAUAAGCCGCUGUGUAAAGGCCAUGCCUUCGCUCCCGUUUGAGAGGGAGAGAGGUGGUUCAGAGGGGACAAGAAACCCUCACCAUUCUCUGAACCCUGAAGACCUGUACAGUGGCAGUUACUCUCCACUCCGUUGCAAACCAGACAGCAUCAGUGCAUCAGAUCCUCGCUAUCGCUCAGCUACAGACGCGGUUCAACUGUACCUCAUCCUUCAACUUCUAAUCCCUGGGCUUUCCAAAUGCGUCCUGUACUGGCUCCCUUCACUAAGAGUCUAAAGGAAUGUAAUGUUGACCUUUCAACCUUAACUGCCUAGUUUCUCUACUGUUGUUACUCAUAGCAGGUUACUCUAGUAUCAUAUGUAAUGGUAUAACGAAGUGAGACAUUUUUACGAUCAUGUGUAGUGUUAUUACAGACUGAGUAAUUUCAAAGCCUUCGCUUCUCUAUCUCGUGUAUUAUCAGUGAAUAUAUUUGUCAUUCUCCCCUCUGUGAUUGUGAUGCUUAUAACCACCUGUUGUUCACAAGUCAUCCUUUACUCCAGUGUGUGAAGUCCACUGUGUUUGGGCAGUGCCUAUUAGUCCUGGUAAAAUAUCACACUUAGCCCCUUCUAGUCUCUAACCUCGUUCGUUUCACUUUCAAGUGCCUUUUUGAAGUUGAACCAACCAUUUUAGUGUGUCGUUUUCUAAGAUGUUACAUUAACUAUCGCUGCACCACCGUCUUCAUUUAAAGUACCCUCCUAGUCUCUGGUCUGUUCGGCACCCCUUUAUACUGCAGUACUUAAGGUGAUUUUAAUGGGCACCCUUACUCCAGUACUUAAGGUAAUGUACGGGGCCACCUUACCGCAUUAAUUAAGGUAAUAGGAACUCAGUCAUGAGGAACUAGUUACUGUACUUUACUGUAAUACACUCCCUGACUGCGUUCCAAAUGGCGCACCCUAUUCCUUAUAUAGUGCACUAAUUUGUAUGGGCUCUGGUCAAAAAGUAGUGCACUAUAAAUGAAAUAGCGAGUCCUUUGGGACUCAACCCAUAUUGCACUAGUCACCAUUAAAAACUGUAGAACACUCCAUAUUGACCCCAGGGACCCAUAAUGCAUCACUUCACGUCAGCUAUGUUAUUAAUUGAUUCAUGUUAAAUCGGAAUAGUGCAUCAUAAAAAAAGGAGUAGCGUUUUGAAGCAGCACUAUCCGAUGUACGGUAUAUGGAAAUAAACGAUGCCUUGUUUACAUUGCUGGGGGUCAAAUCCAGUUUAAACUAUGGAAGUAAACUGUAGCUCUUGAAUGGAGAAUAAAUCUCAUGGCCAAUUAUAUUCUAGAAAUGUUCUCAAUUCAGUUGGAAUUGACCCCAACUGUGUGAAGGGAUUUGUAGUCAUUUUUGUUGUCCUGGGGUUUGUAGUCAUUUUUGUUGUCCUGUGAUUUGUAGUCAUUUGUGUUGUCCUGGGAUUUGUAGUCAUUGUGUUGUCCUGGGAUUUGUAGUCAUUCUACACAAGUGACUGUAUGGUCUAGGGUUCUAUUCAAUCCGAAUCACGGAAGUUCAGCGUUAGAAUGUGAUUGAAAUGUAAAUGUUCCCGCGUUGGCGGAGACUGCGUUCCUGCUAAAUGAUGUUGGAUCAAUCCACAAAUUACAUUCAGAGCGCGCAAUCUGUAACAUUUCAACGACACAUUGAAUAGAGCUCAUGUUUCACAAGAGACCUGUAAGUACACUGAACCAAAAAUAUAGAUACCACAUGCAAAAAUUUUAAAGAUUUUACUGAGUUACAGUUCAUAUAAGGAAAUCAGUCAAUUGAAAUAAAUAAAUUAGGCCCUAAUCUAUAGAUUUCACAUGACUGGGCAGGGGUGCAGCCUUGUUUGGGCCUGGGAGGGCAUAGGCCCACCCACUGGGGAGCCAGGCCCAGCCACAGAAGGGCUUUAUUAAAGACAAAUACUCAAGUUUCAUCAGAUGUCAGGGUGGAUGGUCUCAGACGAUCCCGCAGGUGAAGAAACCGGAUGUGG